AUGGACUUGCUGUUUGCCUUGUAGAUGGCUGACUCAGAACCUCAGGAAGGGAACUGUGAUAACAUGGUAAAGAUCAUGGAGGACCUGAACAGGGACUUAGAAAAACUUCUGGAGGAGAUGGAAAAACUAACAG